AUGCGGUGGAAAACGUAGUCAGUAGUGACAUUCUGAAAUCAUGAAGAUGGCCGACGGAGGAAUGGUGCUUCGUAGAAAUAGGCCAGGAACCAAAGCAAAAGACUUCUGCAGUUGGCCUGAUGAGUCCUUCGAAGAGAUGGACACCCUCGCGGUGCAGCAAUACAUUCAGCAGAUGAUCAAGAAUGACCCAUCGGAUAUCGAUCUGAUACUGAAGAUGCCCGAGGCGCAGGACGAGGGAGUGUGGAAGUACGAGCAUCUGCGGCAAUUCUGCAUGGAACUGAAUGGACUGGCGGUGCGACUGCAGACUCAGUGCUUUCCGGACACUUGCAACCAAAUGAUCGCCACGGAGCAGUGGAUCUUUCUCUGUGCUGCCCACAAAACGCCCAAAGAGUGCCCGGCCAUCGACUAUACGCGCCACACUCUUGACGGUGCCGCUUGUCUUCUCAACAGCAACAAAUACUUUCCUAGCAGGGUGUCUAUAAAGGAAUCUUCUGUGGCAAAGUUGGGAUCAGUUUGUCGUAGAGUCUAUCGUAUUUUCUCUCACGCUUAUUUUCACCACCGAAGAAUAUUCGAUGAGUUUGAGAUUGAGACGUUCUUGUGUCACCGUUUCACACUCUUUGUCACAAAAUACAAUCUCAUGUCCAAGGAGAACCUCAUCGUACCAAUUGCAGAGGCCAACAUCAAUCCGGGUGAGAGUGAGGCAUAAGUUAUUCCUCCCAAUCAAUUAUCAUUUUAUCACGAGAGGGAGAAAGAGAGAGAGAGAGAGAAGAGAGAAAUACUUUCCUCCCCUAAAACUUGGGAGUCACAUCUUUCCUGAUGUCACAGAAGAAAAAGAAAGAAAAAAAAACAGUCAGGGAUGUUUCUUAUACAUGUAAUGAUUCCUCACGGGAGAAGAAACUAUUCUCUACGACAAAUUUACCUUAAAUUCUAUUGUGUUUCCCCGUUUAUACUUUCUCUAUACAAUAAAAUUAGUAAACUCAUUUUACACACUUAGCGCGUACCAGUUUGUAUUGAAUGGUGUCUAUUAGUGAUGAAGAGGCAAAAAAAGAGAAGAAUCUGUCGAGAAAUGAUGUAUUUUUUCUUCUUCUUUGAGAAAUGCUCUGUAAUUUCUAGAUAAUUUUGAUUUUUUUUUCCUUGUAGUUUGUAUUUGUAAUAAUGAAAAGUACUCAAAAUAACAAAUUUAACUCUAUGAAAUAAGUUUUAUAUGACAAAAAAAGAUUUUCACGAAUGCAGUAUCAAACAAAAAAGAAAAAAACAUUUAAACGGUAUUUUAAACAAACAAAAAGAAAAAGAGGCAAAAAUUUUCCAACUAUAUUGGUUCAACAUAUAUUUUGUCGCGCAAAAUUAUAAGGAGAGGAGAAAGGAGAGAAACAAAUUAAGAAUAUUAUAUUAAUAAUUAGGCAAAUUCAAAUUUAAACUCGAGAAUGAAUACGUGGAGCUUUGUUAAGAGCCAAAAGUCCUUCGAAAGGAAGCUGGAGAGAACUCUAACCAAGUCAUAUUCCAAUAUAUGUUUGUAUUCUAUUGUGCUAUAUCUCAAAUUGUAAUGAAUAGUCUCGGAUGAAGAACCGCACUUGUACAUGCAUUUUUAUUUUUAUUUAUUCCACACUCCUAUAAUUCUAUUGAGUUGCAGAACAAGGGAGAUAAUAAAUGGAUAUAAAAA